UAUUUGCACGAGCUGCAUCCUGCUAUGCUAUGUGUAAUGAAGAGCAGUGCUAGAAGAUGUUGGCAUUCUUUCCAUUUAACCCCAGUUUGGGCAUGUUUAAUCUAAUGAAAUGUUUGCAUAAUUUCAAUAUAUAAAGUAAAAAUGAAUGAAAAGAAAUUAAACAAUAUGUGAGAAGAUGCUUGACAAAAAGAACACUUCAUAUUUCUUUUACUAUAUUUGCACAAAAUCUUCCCCGUUCCAUGCUUAUAAAGCGUUGUGACGUGUAAUUCGUGCGACAGCGUGGUGCCACGUCACCUAUACGGGACUCCUAUGUUUUGUUUGGGUAUGAAGUCUGCCUGGAAGUUUCAUUGACAGCUCUUUCAUUUCUCAUCUUCCCGAAACAAUGUCGUCUUCGGCGGAGGUUUUCACGUCUUUCCCCAGACGGAUGUGGGAGAAAGUGGCGUCCAGGGUGAACAACGCGGUAGUUUUCGUGGAUGACGCGUGCGCCGAGAGCCUGCACUGGAGCGGAGGGGCCGAGCUGCUGUUCGACGCCGGGGCGCGCAACGUCAAACGCUUCUCGAGCUUCGAAGCCGGAGCCGCGGACGAGCCCGAGGCGGUGUUCGUGGUCGGCACGACGCUAAAAGGGCGGACCGCGGACGUGAUCAGGGAUGUAGUGGCGCUGAGCCGCUUCCAGCGCUGCGCGGUGAUUACGGCCGCGGCGCCCACGGUGCACCUGCUGCUCGCCGACGGCGUCUCCGCCGAGCCCGAGGGAGACGCGGCGUUCGCGCGCUUCGAGGACAAGCUGCGCGCCUGGAUGGGCGGCCCCGAUCGCGUCGCCGAGGUCGCGCACGUCCCGUUGCACUUCGCCCGCGCGUCCUCGCAGCUCCUGAUCGCGCCCGCCUUCGCCGAGCUCUUCCCGCUCCUCGAAGCCGACCUCGCCGCCGUCAACCGCAAGCGGCCGGAGAAACGCCGCUUCUCCAGUCUCGCCGACCUGGACGUGCACUCGCUCCCGAACGAGCUCCAGAUUCAGAUCCGGGCUCUGGCCUCCUCUCUUAACGCGCUCUUCGAGUUCGCGAACACGCGAGAGGAAAGUUUCACCGUGGGCCCCAUGAGCCGCCUGAUCGCCGCCGAGCUGGCCAAUCAUCCCCAGGCGAAAAACCGGAGGAAAUCCGCAGCACAGAAAGCCUCAGUGGUCUUCAUUGACAGAACCCUAGAUCUCACAGGAGCUGUUGGGCAUCACGGCGACAAUCUGGUGGAGAAGAUCUUGUCCGUUUUGCCGCCGUUGCCGGGUCACGUGACGGACGUUCAAGUAGACAUGCUGGAGCUGACCCAUCUUCAGCACACACCUGAGGACCAGGGUGUCCUGGCACCUGGCUGCUUGGGACAGACUCAGUCCGCGGCAGCUCAGUCGCUAUGGGAGACGAUUCUCGUCGCUAAGCAAAAGGAGGCGGUGAUGGAGGUGAGGAGGCAGCUCGUGGAAGCGGCCAGCAAAGAGAAGCUGCCAAUCAAAAUGGGUCUGGGGAGAGUGACAGGUGAGCAGCUCUUCACGUAUGUGAGGUUGUUUCGGGACAGUUGGCCGGCGUUGGAGAAUCACUGCGGGCUGCUGCAGCUGGCUCUAGGCACCGCUCAGACUUUGCUACACCCCGCCCUUGCCCAAUGGGAUGCCUGCCUUGCUUUUGAGAGACUCCUCCUUCAGGCACUGGGAGAGUCGGCCCUGGCAGACGUCCUGAAGCAGUUUCUUCCCCUUAUGAAGUCCAGUGGCACUAAGACUGGUUCAGAUUCAGGUCAGGCUGAUUUCAGCGUGGACGAGCUGCUGCUGCUGUUGGUGUAUGUGUACUCUCUGGCUCAGGAGACGCAGGCAAGGGGAACAAAGAACCAGGAGAAGGUGGAGAGGGAAAUCAUCGGGGCUUUGACACUUCUAAUGACCCAGCAGACCACACUGAGCCCUACGGUGCAGGGAAUUACAGGUGUUUCUAACCCUGAGGAACUGAUGACAGAUCGUGUCCACGCAGCACUGGAGCGCAUGUUCGAGACUUUGAGAAGCCUGGGCCGAACCCGAGAGCACCUGAAGCGGCUGCGCUCAGUGUACAGCCCCGGCGAUGGUGCGCACCAGGCCACGUACCAUCCGUUCAUCAAGCAGGUCCUGGAGGAAAUUUUCGACCCGAGUCGACCUGAAUGCCAAGACAUAGAACAUGCUUCUGGAGGUAUUACUGACCUGCUGAAGACGGGUUUCAGCAUGUUUAUGAAGGUCAACCGGCCCCAUCCAAGUGAUCACUCGUUGCUAUUUCUCUUCAUGGUGGGCGGAGUCACUGCAUCAGAGCUCCGAAUGAUUCGAGAGGUUGUCUCCACACAUAAACCAGGGACACGGGUUUUGGUGAUCUCGACGAGGCUCCUGAAGCAAGCUGAUAUUCCACACCUGCUGUUCUGCACUGACAGACUUUCACCUGAUAUAGGAGUGUGAGAAGAGAAACAAGACCACACACACAGUAAAGCAUAAGCAUUCCUGAAAACACACUGCAGUAUUUGUAUAUACAAUACAGUGUGUGUGUGUGUGUGUGUGUGUGUGUGUGUGUGUGUGUGUGUGUGUAUGUACACAAGGGUUUUGGUAAAAAAAUAAAGUAUGUAUUUUACUGUAAAAAUAUCUUAAAAUAAAACGUUCAUUCUUUCUCCUCA